GGCGUGAGUGGGGCUUGCUCUAUAUAUACUUUUGCCAGAAUGAGCGUGGCCUCGGUAGGCUCACCGGCACCCUUUAUUCGCUCCGCCCUUCCCCGCCCGGCUCAGUGCUUCAUCUCCCACGUCUCUCUCUUCCUUGUAUGGCAGCCUACCUGAACUGGCGAUCGGUCGCUGCAGGAAGCAUCGGGAAGCGAUUCCUCCACCAGAUCCGAGUCGCUUCGCCUCUCCCCGCCUUCUCCGUCUCCUCUCCGGUGAUUUCUUACAGAUCCAGGGCCGUACACGACUCGUCGUACGACAAGAACGUGGACGAGCACGUCCGCCCGAGCGUGGUGCCGGACUAUGUGAUCAACGACAGCAGCUCUGACAAGUACUGGGGCCCACACCCCACCACCGGCGUCUUCGGCCCGGCUGACGACGGCAGCGCCUUACUGGGCGGGAGCGGCGCUAAGCUUGUCGCCGGUCCAGAGAGCGGCCCUUCCGAGGUGGAGGCGACCGUGUGGUUCCGCCAUCAGGAGGGCGUUGACAAGGCUCCCUACGCCUGAGCGCGGACGGCAAAUCGCUAUAUGAUACUAUUAUACUAAUAAAGUGUGUGGAACGCCCGGAGAAGAAUCUAAAUUUGCCUCCAAAGUGUUUGAUGGUUUGCUUUUACUUUCAGCAGUAUGGCAUGCUAUUAUCGUAGACUCUAUAAUGGUCGUGACAAUACUCUUAGCGACUUGCUUGGAUUUGCUAAAUCCUACAAUAUUGUUUAUAACUAUGUGUUGAUGAAUAAAAUGAUAUUUAUGCAUCA